AUGAGGUUUUUAAGCUCAAAGCACCGGCCGAAUCAUUUAAAUGAUUCAUUCAUCGAUCCAUUGAUACGAAUCACUCGCGAUUUAGACGAUCCGAGUGAGAGCUGGCACAUUACAGUCAUGUUACCCGUUUUGGGCAGUCCCGAAAGACCGACUGGCUUGUUACCGCCUGAAACGUCGUACUAUUUUCACGGAUUACCUCAGCUGGAUAAAUCAGACGGUGAGAGUAAAGAUUCGAACGAGAUCCCGGAUUUACGAAGCAAAAAUUAUCGGCAACUGCCAUGGGAUAUGCCAGUCAGCAUUUCCGAGUUCGACCGUCAAGAUGGCGAAGGUGGUCGAGCUCUCACAGAAGUGACCCGACCGGCAAGACAGACAGUGUGGAUUCGUAAAGAGGAAUAUUUUCGAUCGUUACAUGCUAUCCAUUUCUGUCACAAUGCGGAAUUCGUGCGAGAUCACAGUGUUCAAGGAGUCCGGUCAAGAGAUGAAAGACGUAGAAAUGUGCUCGGCGAUGUUUACUAUUGCAUUAAUCACCCCCCGCACUACCGGAUGAUGGAGAGACGUUUGAAUAGCGAGAUCGAAAAGGAAGAAGAUCUAAAAGCUAAGGCCAGACAAGUCCGACUGUCACCCAGGGAGUCUCCUACUCUUGACUCAACCGAUCCCGUUUUGCAACUGCCCGAAGCAUCAAGUUUGGGUAGAACAGAUAUCACUCUUCCCGGACGUCUCCAAACGGACAAACCUCUCCCGCUCGGAGGUUACUCAUUGGAUAUUGGGUCAGAAUCAAUAAAUUCCGAUGAUCCAUCAAAAACUCAUGCGAUGAAAAUGCUCUACAAACAAGCUAAAGUUAUUCUGAAAAAUAUUUUGCCUCCCCCGGAGACAGUAAAUUCUGGUGUACUGCAACAACUGUACAGGACUAAUUGUUUGACCAAAUUUGAUGUACAAUACAGCUUGACUGAGAGCUCAGAAAGUAGCGCCUCCAAAGAGGAGGCUGUAACACCUGAAGAGCCUCCUCACGUCGUAAAGACAGGAAAGAAAAAGCGCUAA